UGUGUGUGUGUGUGUGUGUGUGUGUGUGUGUGUGUGUGGGAUUGAGUGUCACCCAGUUCAACAUUGAUUGGUUUUUAAUGGUGGAGCGUCGUCUAUCACAUGUUGUGAGAUAUCUCUUGUUGUUGGUUUUUCUUUCUUCUCGUGGGAUUUGUUGACAUGACGGAAUAUCUCGUCCAUAUCUGUAUUGUUUGUAGAGGCUCAGGGUGUAAACAAAAGAAAUAGAAGCCAAGGAAGGAAGGAAGUGGGAGUGUGUCAGAGAGAGAGAGAGAGAGAGAGAGAGAGAGAGAGAGAGAGAGAGAGCAUUUAUUUCCAGCAGGAGGGAGAUGAGUGAGAGCUUUAACCGACAGAGAAGUCCGACAGGAACCUGGAAUAAGAGCUCCAGAAGGUCCGAUCUGGAUCCAGAUACCCGGACGCUCCAUCUGGUACCAAAACUCCUUCUGGAUGCUCUUCCAGAACUGAACUUCUGUAACAGAAACACCUGACUGGUCCCAGUUUCUUUCCCGGGCUCUCUACUCUGUAUCUGGCUCCUCUUGGAUACCAAAAAGCCCAGUAAAAGACUUUUUGGAGGCUCUUCUCGAAGAAAAAAAAAACCCAGUUCACUUCUGGAAGAUUUUGCUGGCAGCGCCAUUAUUUUUUGGACACUGAAAAGCUCCUGAACAUAUUCUGGACUCAAAACCUGGACCAGACUCUGUGUCGGAGCUCCGGGUUCCUUGUGGAUCCUUAACCAGUAGAACAUCUCUAGUACACUACACUCCAUUUGGACUCGGGGGUACUUCGCACCUUCUUGAAGGUCUACUCACAAUCUCUCCCCGGACCAGUUUGAAGGCGUUUCUUGGUACUGGGGAAAGGUCCGGAUCCUGUGCUGGGCAGUAUGGUGGUGGGUCUAAGGCCCCUCUGCUUGCUGGUCCACCAGUUUAAGUCUGGAUGCUCCGUGGAGUUCGUCAAGGGAAACAACAACAUGGGCAAACGGGUGAAGGAGCCCGGCACCAAGCGCAGUAAACUCGUCUCCAGGGUGACGUCUCUGGCCGCCCUGCUGCCGCCCGUCAAGAAGAGGAUCGGUCAGACGCCGCAGUGCUCCAUCAGUUUCCGUAAUGAGAGUCAGACGGAGAGAGCCGCUCCUCCUCCUCCUCUUCCUCCUCCCUCCUCCUCUUCCUCCACCUCCUCCUCCUCCACAAUGAAGAGGCGCGUUAUCUCGGCGACAGUCUCCAACCCUUCCUCCUCCAUGACUGCGACCCGGGUUUCCACGGCAACGGUCCCGGCCGCCAAGCGGCGCGACAGCAAGCUUUGGAGCGAGACGUUCGAUGUCCGACUGGGAGCGACGCAGCCUCUGAGCCCGAAGGAGAUAAAACGACAAGAGGCUAUAUUUGAGUUGGCUCAGGGCGAGCAGGACUUGGUGGAGGAUCUCAAGUUGGCUAAGAAGGCCUACCAUGACCCGAUGCUGAAGCUGUCGAUCAUGACCGAGCAGGAACUGAACCAGAUCUUCGGCACUCUGGACUCGCUGAUACCCCUGCAUGAAGACCUGCUGAGUCGCCUCCGAGACGCCAGGAAACCCGACGGGUCCACGGAGCACGUGGGGCGCCUCCUGACGGGCUGGCUUCCCGGCCUCUCCUCCUACACCUCGUACUGCAGCAACCAGGUGAAGGCCAAGGCCUUGUUGGACCAGAAGAAGCAGGAUCGGCGGGUCCAGGACUUCCUGCAGCGUUGUCUCCAGUCGCCCUUCAGCAGGAAGCUGGACCUGUGGAACUUCCUGGACAUCCCCCGCAGCCGACUGGUGAAGUACCCGCUGCUGCUGAGGGAGAUCCUGAAGCACACGGCCAGCGACCACCCGGACCGGCAGCACCUGGACGAGGCGAUGCUGAUGGUCCAGAGCGUGGUGGCGGACAUCAACAGGCGGACGGGGGAGUCGGAGUGUCAGUACUACAAGGACCGCCUGCUGUACGCGGAGGACGGCCAGAGGGACGAGCUCAUCGCCCGGUCCAGGACCCUCAGCUGCCACGGAGAGCUGAAGAACAACAGAGGACUCAAGCUCCAAGUCUUCCUCUUCCAGGACGUCCUCGUCAUCACCAGGUCCGCCUCGCCGAGCGACCAGCCAAUCAGCUACCAGCUCUGCCGCCAGCCGAUCCCCAUCCGGCGGCUGGACCUGGAGGACCUAUCGGACGGGGAGAUGAGAGUGGGCGGGUCCAUCCGAGGGGCCUUCAGCAACAACGAGCGCACAAAGAACUUUUUCCGCGUUUCGGACCGCACGGGCGGUCAGCUGCAGAGCCACUGCUUCCAGGCCAGCGACGCCUUCAACAAACAACAGUGGAUCAACUGCAUCAGACAAGCCAAAGAGGCCGCGGCGCUGACCGGAGACCAGCUGACCCGAGACCAGCUGACCCGAGACCAGCUGACCCGAGACCAGCUGACCCGAGACCAGCCGCCGCCGCCGCAGACGGGACGAUGUCCGGAGGCCGGGCUGCUCGGGGAGACGGGCUGUGACCCCAGGCUCCGGGAUGAAGAUGGGGGGGAGAUGGAGACGGGGCUGGGUUCAAAGGGCUCGGCUGAAGAGGCCGAGGCGAGUUUGACGGGCGGGGAGACGGAGACGGGUCAGGAUGGGGAGAUGUGUGCAGAGCCAGGAGCCAGAGGAGAUGAUGGAGGAGGAGAGACUCUGAGCGGAGGUACCAGUGAUGCUCCCGACCCCAGCCUCUCCUGUGCUUCUCCCUGUCCAGAGGAGCAGCAGAGGGAGGUGAUCAUGGACACCGGCGAGGUCGACUCCCUGCGGUGUUGAUGACACUGGACUUAACACGGUUGUGUGUGUGUGUGAGGAGGAACUGGAGGCCAUGUUCAAAAGAUGGCUUCCUGCUCACCAGGCUCGUACACUGCAAAGUGUUUUUUGGGGGGAUUUAUUAUUUUUACACAAAAGGAUUUCCUCCUUGAGACUUAUCGGCCAAAUAGCUCAAAUUCCCAUAAUGCAAAGACUUGUUUUCUGAUGCUCAGAAAAAUAACAUUAUGGUUUUGUUGCCUUUUUUGAACAAAAAGUUGUUUUUUUGGGGUCGUUGGUGGCUGUCACGUGACCUGCAGUACCAACUGUGGCCACCGUGGCAGAAAUCCCCUCGCAAGCCCCACUACAUGACAUUAGCUCACGUAUAUUUUGCGCUUGACCUGCCUUUUGGACCUUUGCUUUUACAACACUUUUAAUCAUUGAUUACAUGAUUGGUCUGUUAAAUUAAAGUUACCCUCAUGUGACUUUGUUCUCCAACGGGGAACCUUUAAAAAAAUGUUUUUGUGAAUAUAGGGGAAAGAAAAACACGUCAGUCAAAGUCCAAAGGGUAACUUCUACGGCUUUACAAAACCAAUUAAACGGUAAUCAUCUCAAACUUGUGUAUUUGUAUUGAUAAUUUGGGAGAUUUUCAUACUUCAAGCUCAGCUGGAGGAUUCUUAACUCCUCAGAAAUUCUCUUAACUUGUUCUGUUUCUAAAGGUCUUUUAAAUCACCUCUAAAAAAAACUCUUUGAACAAUGUCAGUGGUCUGAAAACACUGGAGGAAACAGAGCUGUGGAUCUGUAAAGCUUCAACAAACUCUUGAGCCUCUCCCUCUACAUUCAUAAUGAAUUGUUUAUGAAUGUUUGUGUACAUUCAUCCCAGACAAACAUACAGUGGAAGUUGGGUACGAAGGAUUUGCCCUCAUCACAGCAUCCUGUGACGCCUUUCCUGUAGAAGGCCUUCAUUUGCAUAUUGCCUCCAAUCAUGCAUUGAUGUUAACAUUUGUAAUUUAAUAAAUGGUUUUAUUGCACACACAAAGUGAAAUAUUCCGGGUUUCGUCACGGCGGUCAGAGGAGCCCACGAAGGAGGAGGAGCCUGUUGUGUAUGUACUGUAUGUAUGUAAAGAAUGUAUAUUAAGUUUAUUUGUAUAUGAAUGUAGGAACAAAGCCAAGCAUGUCUGUUUGUUAUAUAUACAUGCUUACACAUUACACAUGAAAUAUGACUUGCAUUGUCAUGGUAUAUAUAUGUCAGAUGUUAUAAAUGACCAUCGUCAGGGUAGUCGUGAUGCUCUUUAUCCUGUUGAUAUUUACUAAAGGUGUCUAACUAAUCUGUCACAAGA